GGAGCUGAGCUUGCUGGUAGAGAUACGGAAGCACACGAAACAGUCGGCUGUUAGUUACGAAGGAGUUAUGUUGAGUAGGUAGUGCAGUGGUGUCGCUGAGUGUGCAACAUUAUUUAGCUGUUGUUGAAUGGAUACGUAAGAAUAAAGUUGACAACUUGAAACAGCACUAGGUAGUGCAGUGGUUUCGCUGAGCGUGCAACAUUAUUUAGCUGUUGUGGAAUGGAUACGUAAGAAUAAAAUUGACAACUUGAAACAGCACAACUAGUGUAAUAGUUAGAAAUGAGAUGUGAUUGUGUGUUAUAUUUGUGAAUUGUGGUUUUUGUUAAUAAUAAUAAUACUGCUCAUUUCAUAAUAUGGGAAAUGGUGCAAUGGGGACCAUGUAUAAAUAGCUAACACUGAUAUCGCGAUACGUGGAUAUGUGGUUGUAUAUGUAUGGGCAGUUUAUUGCGUUUCAUUUAAUUAAUUUUACUUGAAGUGUUAUUGUGUUCGUGUUUGAAUGUAGUACUGGAGUUAUCGUAACAAAGGAUACAUAACCUGAAAGUGCAGCGGAGCGAAGGCGGGAGAACUGCCGACAAAGAAAAACCGAUUCCAGGAGGAGAUGUAAACGGAAUGUAAAUUUCCAUUUGGGUGUCGCAUAAAAUCCACUCUUCGAUCAAGAGAGCCUAUGACGUCGUUAAAAGAUGAGAUUGCCCUGCCACUGAUGCCGCGAUGCUGUUCCGCUAGCAGGAUGGCUACUCCCUCGCCACCCCUUCUCCUCCUCAUAUGCUUGGCGGCUCUGCUCGCCUCAGCCGCUAGGGCGCUAGCUUUCUGCCCCACCGGCUGCACCUGUGACGAUGACACGUUGGUGGUGACAUGUAUUGAGGCGAACCUAGACGUAAUCCCAAUCACACUGAACCCCUCCAUCCAGCGGCUGGUGCUUAAGUACAACCGUAUUAAGACAGUGGAUGCUGCGUUCCAGUUUUACGGUGAGCUGAAAUACGUAGAUUUGUCAUACAAUCACCUGGUGAGCAUUCCCACAAGAAGUUUUGAAGCUCAGAGGAAGCUGGUUGAGCUCCAUCUCAACCAUAACAAAAUUUCUUCAGUGAAUAAUAGGACUUUUGUGGGGUUGAGAGCCCUCACUGUACUCAGCCUUAGGGGAAACUACCUAGAGGAACUCCCAGAGCGUCUGUUCAGCCUCCUCCCACAGUUGGAAGAACUGGAUCUUGGUCAGAACCGAAUAUCCCGGGUUGAUCCAGCAGCAUUCGCCGGCCUGACAGCUCUCAGAGUGUUAUAUCUUGAUGAUAAUCAACUUCGUGCCGUUCCAACGUCUUCAUUCGUUGAACUCAGCAACCUGGCCGAGUUAAAAGUGGGCCUAAACGCAUUCACAACGCUGCCAGAUGACGCUUUCCGUGGGUUAAAUCGCCUAACAAAUUUGGAUGUAAGUGGAGCUAGCUUACAGAACAUUAGCGAGAAUGCGUUUAGAGGACUGUCUGUUCUGAGGAGCCUCGGACUGCAUGAUAACUGUCUACGAGUCAUCCCCACGCGUCAGCUCGCCACACUCCCUCGGCUGGAGGAACUUAGUGUUGGGCAGAAUGAGUUCACUACUUUGGAGGCUCACGCAUUUCAAGGCUUGGAGAAAUUGAAGCGACUUGAUGUAUCUGGGGCCCAGCAACUCGAACGUGUUGAGAAGGGUGCCCUUGCCGAUAAUUUGAACUUGGAGGCACUCAUCCUAAGCAGUAACAAAAAACUGUCAUCUGUUGAAGAGGGUGCUCUUGCAGGCCUGCCAAACCUCCGGCACCUAGUGCUUCGGGAUAAUGCAUUCACCACGUUUUCUGAACCACUGGCCACAUGGCCUGAGCUGCGGAAACUAGACCUGGCAGAAAAUCCUCUGGAAUGCAGAUGCUCACUUCUGUGGCUUCGUGAUCUUCUGUCUCGGCGAAAUGCUAGCCAAGUCUUAUGUGCGGCACCUAAACACCUAAAAGAUCGCCCACUCAAAUCAUUAUCAGCAGACGAGUUGGGUUGUGCCCUGCAUGACACCCGGCAACAAGCAAUUAUCGGUGCGCUUUGUGGCACCGGAGUGGCCCUCGUGGCACUGCUAGGAAUCCUGCUUUACCGCUACCGGCGCCGCCUGCAAGAUGCACUCAAAGACUACAAGUGGAAUAACCGUGCCAUCAGCCGCAAGGAGCACGAGUAUCAGAAGACGUUCUCGGACGAGGACUACAUCGUGCGCGCUGCUCAGCAACAGACCCUCAAGCCGAUACCCGUGACGGAACUGUAGCUAGAGCUCCUCGCCUCCAGCCCAGCGCCCAGUGUGUUCUUCCUGCCCACCGGGGGACCCGCGGGGACGGAGGCCAAGGUAGGAGCAGGGCCUGCUGCUACCGCCAGUGGUGGACGGCGCUCCACCCGGUCUGGUCACAGAGGCAACAGCCGUGACCAGUCCACUGCCAAUGGCUUCUCCUGUGUCAACGGUGAAGUGUGCCGAGCCAGGUGUCACCCCAUUCAUAAUGGCCACUUCGAUCACAUCUUAGAGAAGGAUGUUGACAACUACCAUCACAACAACUACAUCUCGACAUCAAAGUGUGUUAAUGGUCAUCGUGGUGGUCCCAAGUAGCCCUCACCGCUGAUAGUCACAAAUGAACUCCACUGGAGCCAAUACUUCUUUCAUUCCACCAAGCUCUGAACUAUAAUUCAGAGCCUUUACUAGUCUAAGGAUUGUUAUUUAUCUAACGAAAUAAUUAAGUGAUUUUUAUAGUGAUAAAAAUCCUUGUUCCUCUGGGGUAGUCAUGAACAUCUGAGGGGUCAUCCAACAUGAACCUACUUGUAUAGCCACCUCCAAUUAAUGCAGCAGUUUGGAAAACUUCCUCGCCGAUGUCAUUGGUUGUCCAUAGACAAAUAAGUGGUACUCUGCCGCAAGGGAAAGCUGUAUUUACCUUUCCCCUUGUCUGGAAGAACUGUCUUCAAUCUUUCUUGUCAUCUGUGCAAUUACUGAAUCUUUUAAAUCUAUGUACAUGGUUUUAAGGUGCAUACACAUGUCUGGUGAUAUAAAAUUUCAACGUCAACCAUCAUAGCGAAGGUGAAUUUGCAACCAGUUGUGAAUACAGUAUUCUGUCUUGGAAUAUUUUAAUGAACAUUUUAAUAAAUAAGAAAUUGAUUUCGCAAAUUAGAAGCAAUUUUUUUUGUUUCAAAGAGACAGAAAUAUAGUAGUGAGAUAAUUUUGCGUAAAAGUGGCUGUUUCGGAAAUGAAAAUGGGUAAAAUGAUCAUUGCUGAUGGUUCAUAUGAACUAAAAAUUGAACCCUUUAGAAAGAUGAUAUUCAGAAUAACGCGAAUUGUUCCAACACAUGCGUGGCGUAUAGUCAGACAGCAAGUAAACAGAAAUUUACUGAAAUAACCAAACACUUUCAUCUUCCAUAACUGGUAUAGUAACCAAGUAUUGUACACCCACCCAAUCAUUUCCUUCCCAAAACGUAAAUGAAAACACACUUAUACAUAUUAAUGGAAGAAACACACAGAAGGUGACUUAAUUUCUGUUUGGCAUUAAACAUUACAAAGAAAAGGAAAAAAAGGAUGAGCGAAACUGACUAUAUUCUUAGAAAAAUAAAAUAUGCAACUGAAAUCACAUUGAACCAA